CUUGUUAGUGCCGUGGGAAAAGCUGUACAAACCUAAUACGGUUUUCACAAGAUGCUUUCAGAAGAUGUGAUAGCUCUCGCGGCAGGUGUGCACAGACCGACUUUUGCUUCCAUACAUCCUCACCGUGGCGAAUCUGCUGUUGAGGUACUCUGGCGAACCCGUCAGGGCGCUAACGUGAAGCUGGAGGAAUCUGCUGCGGGAAGACGCGAGGGUUGCCUGGGCAGCUACUGUCAUGGCGGCGGCUGUCCCCAAGGCCGGGGCUUCGGCUCCCGAGGCGGCAGGUUCAGCCGAAGCCCCGCUGCAGUACAGCCUUCUUCUGCAACAUCUGGUAGGUGACAAACGUCAGCCUCGGCUCCUGGAUCCUGGGAGUCUGGGCGGCAUCCCGAGCCCUGCCAAGAGUGAAGAGCAGAAGAUGAUCGAGAGAGCGAUGGAAAGCUGCGCGUUCAAGGCUGCCCUGGCCUGCGUGGGAGGAUUUGUCUUGGGAGGUGCAUUUGGGGUGUUUACCGCUGGCAUUGAUACCAACGUAGGCUUUGACCCUAAGGAUCCUUACCGAACACCAACUGCAAAAGAAGUUCUUAAAGACAUGGGGCAGAGAGGAAUGUCCUAUGCCAAAAAUUUUGCCAUCGUGGGUGCCAUGUUUUCUUGUACUGAGUGUUUGGUAGAAUCUUACCGGGGAAAAUCAGAUUGGAAGAACAGUGUCAUUAGUGGCUGCAUCACUGGAGGAGCCAUUGGUUUCAGAGCUGGCUUAAAGGCUGGGGCCAUUGGUUGUGGAGGUUUUGCUGCUUUCUCUGCUGCAAUUGAUUAUUACCUACGGUGAGAGUAACUGCCUGUGGGGAAGGACGACACCAGCGCGGGAUCAGAGCUAUUCUCUGGAGGACAGUUUGUGCAGCGCUCCAAGGCCCUUGCUUAAGGGACUGAUGACAUUUGUUUUUCCUCACAUAGUUGGUGAGGUGAGAGAGCUGCCUGGCUGCUUUCUGCCUCCAGCCUUCAGAGCAGCCACACUCUCUUGCUCUUGGAUCCAGCUAAACCUGACAGGGAAGAGCCAAGUCAGACUCUCUCCUUAGAGCAGAUCAGAAGACAACGUGUUGACGUGUAGGAAUUAAGCUCCACAGAGGUUCAGUUCUGACCACAGCAGGCCCUCUAGGUUGUUUGGUUGUGGGCCAAAGGUGACUGCAUCUUUGUGUAUGCCCAGGAAGCUAUUCUACCUUGGAACUUCAUGCACCCAUUCAUCUCAAAUGCCAGGGCAGGGUAAGGUAAAUUUAUGCCAUCCAACCAAUUAUGUCAUUUGUUCAGCCUUCUACCAUCCUUGUUAAAAAUAUGUAUUUAUAUUAUAGUUCAAAAGGUUGGUUUACUUUUAAUUCUAAAUUCCACGAUUCCAGAAAGAGUCCCAGGUAGCUCAAAGAUUGAACAUCCAAAGGGAAAGAGAAAGCUUGGGUUUGUAGAGGAAUGUGUUAUCCUCACCAAGCUGUUACAUCUGCCAGGGCCUCUCCCCCAAGAAACCUAGCCUAGCCCCUUCCUAGGAUUGAUAUUCCAGGUGGAAGCCCUAUUGGCCUCUUCUAUAAAGCCCUCCUGUGGGCUGGCUGGUAGGCAUGGCUGCAGUUUGCUGAACCACACAUUGGUUUCAUGCUCUGACCACUGAACCAGGAUCAGCUCCAGGACACUUGUCUGAAGAGUCGUGCUGUUGGCAUCUUGUUGACUCAAUUGCAGCAGCUUCUGGCUAAGAUCAGAUGUCAUGGAGGGGAGUGUUCACACCACCCUGCUCUCCUGUGUUUAUUCUAACACGUUAAUCUUUUUGACUUGAUCUUGUAGUCUUUUUCUUACAACAGCAAUUCAGUCUAAUUGUGUGCUAUAGGUUAAAAAAAAAAAAGCUGUUCACAGUUGAGCUUCACCACCAGCGCUGCUUUGGUGGAGGGAGAUGUGAAGUUGAUGAAUGCAGGGUUUUGCUCUUGGGUGGAGGGAGGCAGGUAGCUUCAUGGGGGCCAUGUAAUGCUGGCCACCUUUAGCUAGUGGUAUUGGGUCUCCUUUUAUCUACUGCACAGUAGUUCCUCUGCCUUACCUUGCUUUCUUCCUCAUCUGCUCUGUCUUCUAGCCCACCCAACAUUAACCAGAAUUCAAAGACUCAGCUUAAAUGGUCUGGCAUCCCAAGUGUUUAUUUGUAUGUGAGUGAUGAUGUCAAACCCAGCUGGUAACACCUUCCUCUGGCUGUGUCAGCUGUUUCCUUGGAAUAACCAUGAGCCAGUGCACAGGGCUCUUAUCCUUCUAUGAUGAAUUCUAUAUAAUGUCCCUGUCAGUUUCAUAGCCAUGAGGCUUUAUCACCAGUAGGCCAGUUGGAGCAUUCACCAGAGCUCUAAGAACAAAUUUAAGAGUGCUUCCUCUGCUGUUGCUAAAUGCAUCACACCUAUCAGCACUCUGAAACAAGGGCAGCCAGAUACUCCUACCUGGUACUGUCAAAAUACUCUUCAGUUACCUGGGAUCGUCUGUCAUCUAGCACGUGGCACUGAACAGAAGAAAUGCUGCCCUCACAACUGCCUUUGAAAAGAUGAGCCCAGAGGCUGUCAGUAGCCAUUAGUUCAAUAAGCCAAGCAUUGUCCACACUGACCAUUCAAUCAAGAGAGGAGAUGAAUAGUUUCCUGUUUUAGAUGGCUAGGGAGCCAGCAUGAGCUCAUAAACCAAACAGCAAUUUUUCAGAGACAUCUGUUCCUGAUCUCCAGAAUAAACUCAAGUGUCCAGUGGCUUAGGCUGGAAGGAAGCUACAUUAACCCCCCCACCCCAGCUCUCUCACAGGGAGGGUGGGCCCUCUGGGGGAAUCCAGCUUCUCCAACAAGAUUAGGCUAAAGGCUGCCCCAAGAUGUGCCACUUCCAAGGAAAAUGUAGAGAAGAGUUUACAUAAAAUAAGCAGCAUCCUCUUCAAUGGACAACUUCCUGCCAUCUCUCCACAGCACACUGACGGCCAGAUUCCUAGUGGGGCCUCUGUACUUGGUGGAGGAACUGGAGCAGCAAAUACAGAAAGUGAGACCAGAAGCUCCCUAGCUGGUUUUGCCAGCUUGACCUGAAUGCCUCUGCCAAGAGCAAGGACAGGGCUUGGGCUCAUCUCCCUGGCACU